AUGAAACCUCCCUGUGCCUCCGGGAUUUCAAUUCAGGGCUUUGCGUGCUUUGCAGCACCUUCCCGCCGCACUUCUUGCCUGAGCAUCCAGCGCCUCUGGGACCCUGAAGUAGCCAGAAGCCCGUUCUGCCGGGACACUGAUCCCAGAGGCGCCUGCGCCUCCGCUGUACGGCAGGGUCCAUGCCAAGAUGGCCGCGCCCACAAGCAAUCUCCGCAGGGCGCCGCCAUCGAAGUCCCGGGACCCUCUGAAGCGGCGCUCGGGGUGGCCGCCAUGUCGGCCUCUGACUCCAACCAGGUCCUGACAAAGCCAGAGGCACUGGGCCAGAGGAGUGCGGGAACAGCAGACAAGGCCGGGAGUCCGAGGACGAUGACCUCACCCGAGCCCUCGGACAGCGAUGCGAAGGAAUGGGAGCAGCUGGAACCUGCGCAAAGGAACUUAAGCAAUGAUGCAAUGCUAGAGAACUGCCACAGUCCCGCCUCAAUGGGAAAUCAAGAUCCCAAAGAAGGUACGGUCUCUAAGUUAAAAAAAGAAGAGUCAUCAUUGGGAGAGGCGAAAGCACCCAACCCAAGUAGUGUGAACAAAAUAGCAAAGCCCAAGAAAGCAGAAGCCAAUGCAAAAGUCCAACAAGAUGAGCAGAUAGAGGAAAAGAAGAAAUCUCAAGACAAUCGCAUUAAGGGAACUACAUUCAAGAAGAAAAGUUCAACCAGCAAGAAAAGCAGUGACUGUGCUUUGUUGGAGAAAAAAACUGUCAGUACAAAACAUUUUCCUUCAAAACAAAAGUUUCUGAAAUCCGAUUCACAUGCAAAGAACUUGAAGCAAAAUUUAGACUUUAGAGGUGAGAUUAAAAACUCUGUACAAAAUAAACCUGAUACAGCUGGAGAACACACAGAAUCAUUAAACCAUACCAUAUCUGAUUCAAAGAAAGAUAAAAUUCUAGCUAGAAAGAAAUGUGAGAAAAUACCCAAGAAAAAUUCACAUGGUAAAGAUGACAAAAACCAAACUGGCAAGAGAUAUGAGAAAGCACGCCAUCAAAUCUCAUCCCAUGCUAAAGAAGACAAAAUCCAGACUAGAGAGAAACGGAAAUCAUCUAGCCGUAGUUCAUCUAAUAUAUCUGACAAAACUACAACUUCUGGAAAACCCUAUGAAUGCAAUCAAUGUGGGAAGGUCCUCAGUCAUAAACAAGGACUCAUUGAUUAUCAAAGAACUCAUACCGGGGAGAAACCAUAUGAAUGUAAUGAGUGUGGGAUAGCUUUUAGCCAAAAGUCCCACCUCGUUGUACAUCAGAGAACUCACACUGGAGAAAAACCAUAUGAGUGUGUUCAGUGUGGCAAAGCUCAUGGUCAUAAACACGCCCUCACUGACCAUCUAAGAAUUCACACUGGAGAAAAGCCCUACGAAUGUAAUGAAUGUGGGAAAACCUUUAGACACAGCUCAAACCUUAUGCAACAUGUAAGAUCUCACACAGGUGAGAAGCCUUAUGAGUGUAAGGAAUGUGGCAAAUCCUUUAGAUAUAAUUCAUCUCUUACUGAACAUGUGAGAACACACACGGGUGAAAUACCAUAUGAAUGUAGUGAAUGUGGCAAAGCUUUCAAGUAUAGUUCAUCCCUUACUAAACACUUGCGAGUUCAUACUGGUGAGAAACCAUUUGAAUGUAACGAAUGUGGGAAGACUUUCAGCAAAAAGUCACACCUGGCUAUACAUCAAAGGACUCACACGAAGGAGAAACCUUAUAAAUGCGAUGGGUGUGGAAAAGCCUUUGGACAUAGUUCAUCUCUUACUUACCAUAUGAGGACUCACACAGGUGAUUGUCCCUUUGAAUGCAAUCAAUGUGGGAAAGCCUUCAAGCAAAUUGAAGGCCUUAUUCAACACCAGAGAGUUCAUACUGGGGAGAAACCCUAUGAAUGUGCUGAAUGUGGGAAAGCCUUUAGUCAAAAGUCACACCUCAUUGUCCAUCAGAGAACUCACACGGGCGAGAAACCCUUUGAAUGUUAUGAGUGUGGAAAAGCAUUCCCUGCAAAAUCACAGCUUGUUAUACAUCAGAGAUCCCACACUGGAGAGAAACCCUAUGAAUGUAAUGAAUGUGGUAAAGCCUUCAAACAGAAUGCCUCUCUUACCAAACAUAUGAAAGUUCACUCAGAAGAGAAAUCUCACAAGGAAAAUUAAUGUAGAGAAUCUCACAACUGACUGGUUUGGUCUUCUUUAACUUUAGAAGAUGUUCUCAACUUGAUGAAUGUUAGCAAAACUUUUUUAGAAAAUCAUUCCUUGUAUAUAAGAGAAUUUGAAUAUGUAUAUUUAGAUAAGAGCAGUGGAUGGUAAUAAAAUUUAAACUUGAUCCUAAACCUUUACAAAAAUACUGUAUUUUACACUUACUAUAAAUUAUCUUCAUAUUUAGAACAAAAUAUGAAACUAAAAAUUGUGAAUAAGAAAGGCUCUGGGAGAUAGCUAAAUCAGUAAAAUUCUUCCUAAGUAACUAUAAGGACCUGAAUUCCAUCCCUCGGAUCCAUGUAAAAAGCUAGAUGUGGUGGCGUGCGCUGCAAUCUCAGAGUUGGGAAAGUUGAGACAGGAGAGUUUCUGAGCCUAGUUGAGCAGCCUGAUCUGCAAGCCCUAUGUCACAGGAAGAGACUCUAUUUUCAAACAAGGUUCAGGGCUCAUGGGGAACAGUACUCAAGGCUGAUGUUUGGUCUGCACUUGUGCACCACACACAUGACAACACUCUCUCUCUCACACACACACACACACACACACACACACACACACACAGUGACAAUGUUAUUACAGCACCAAAUGAACAGCUAAACCUGCCAACAAUUCAUUAAGGGCUUGGGUGUUGUGUACUUAAGCAGCACAGUAUUUAAUCUGCAUUUAUACUUAUUGCAUACUUACUGCCUUGUGUAAAGUGUAGUUGUCCCCUCUGAUAUCAUCUAGCUUUCUUUGUUAAUAUCCGUGUUAGCACUGAAUCAGUAGAAAACUUUCUGGGGUUUUGAGACGGCAUCUCACUGUGUAGCCCUGGUUAGCCAGGAACUUGCUGUGUAGACCAGAAUGGCCUUGAACUAACGGAGAUGUGCCUGUCUCUGCCUCCCAAGUGCUGGGAUUAAAGGAUUAAAUAGAAAACUUUAAGGGGUUUUGUCUAGAUGUUGUUAAGAAAAACUGGAAAAUGCUGAAACAAUGUGCUGGUAGAGAAUGAUACUCAAGUUAUAUUGUUAAGUAUAGAAAAGUGGAUUGUUGGACAGUAUAUACAGUAUUUCUCAUUGUGGACAAAGAGUGUGUGUUUCCCUCUGUCUUUUUCUGCCUCUCUGUGUACAUAUGUAUGCAUUUAUACUGAUAUAUUUGUAUAUGAAUAGACUUGUGUUUUCUUUAAUCUAGAUGAAACUUUAGUGGUUAGCAGUGAACACAGAAGUACAGGAUUAAGGUCUGUCAUUUUUAUCAUGUACAUGUGUUUUAUUCAAAUAUAUACUGAAAUACUUUUACAUGUACACAUGAACAGCUUAAAAAUACAGCUGAGUCUGUUCCACAGUGUUGCUUGAUAAAGUAACAUGAGGUUUCUAUGCUCAUUUAUGUACAAUGAAUUUAAGGUACAUGGCACUAAACCUUGAUGUUGAAUUUGCAAAGAUUUUCCUAUUGAACACAGGUUUUAUUAACAUACAUGAUUCACAACUAUAACAAUACUUUAUUCUUCUUGUUUGCUAUAAACUGAAAAUGCAUUCUGCUUGCAGAUGAAUGAAAGUGGUAUUUUGAAUCAUCAUUCCAUUUUAUUUCACAUUCAGACUGCUAAUUCACAAAUUCCUUAAAUCAGGGAUUUCAACUUUUUGCAGUAAAUGUCUCCAAACCCUGCUCUUGCCCAGUGAGCAGCUAUUGUUGUUGGAUCACUUACUCUGUUUCUCUCAGAGCCUGCCUUGUAAUGCUUGUCAAGCUUGAAUUCCAGAAGGUGCUGUGCAUCAGUUUGACUUUUUCAAGAGACCUGUCUGCCCUUGCAUGAUCUACUAGCUGGUGUCUAUUGCUGUGAUCAAACACCGUGACUAAAAGCAACUUGGGGAUAAAGAGGUUUAUUUCAUCUUACACCUUAUAGUCCAUCAUCCAGGGAAGUCAGAGAAGGAACUGAAGACAGGGCCCACAGGCAAUAACUGAAGCAGAGGCCAUGUGGUAGUACUGCUUACUGGCUUGCCUCUCAUAGCUUGCUCAGCCUGCUUUGUUAUACAUAGGACCACCAAGCCAGGGAUAAAAUAUUCCACAGUGAACCUGGCACUUUCCCAUCCAACAUCAAUCAAGAACAUGCAGCACAGGCUUUCCCAUGGGCCAUUCGAGUUGGGGCAUUUUCUCAACUGAUGUUCCCUCACACUCUCAUUAUCCUAGCACUUAGGAAGCUGAAUCAAGAAGAUCACAACUUUAACCCAGCCAGAAAAAAAUCCAGGCCCGAUCUUACUCCUUUCUCCCCAAAGAAUAUUUGGUUGUAUUUUACCUUUUAUAUUCUGACAGCAUAUUCACUAAAUCCUAUCUCUAAAGAGUCAUGGCCCAGUCAUUAGAACUUGUCUAGUCCUAUUCAGUUCUCGGUAAAAAUUCUAUCUGCACAGUAGUCUGGCAUAAUAAUAGGCCCGAAACAAAUAGGUGAUUAAAUGCUCUCUGCACAUAUUUCAUUCUUGUUAUUGCCUCCCGAAAUUCCUCAUUUCAGAGAACAAUAAAUAUGGACGAAACAAA